AACUCCAGGUUCUGGAAAUCAGCAUCUCAGUCUCCCACCCAGUCCUCCCUCUCCAUCCUUCGCCCCUCACUGGACCUCUUACAGAUCCCAGUGGGACACGUGUGUCCUCCUACAAGGGGCUCGUGGCCACACCCCGUUCUCGAGCGCGGGAUUGGUGGGCGGUGUUCUGGAAGGGUGGCUGAAAGCAAGCCCCUUCCCGAGAGAAGGCUCCCUGCCCCCACAGCCCCACCCCCGUUCCCUCCAGGGAAGGUGGGGAAUCCAUCAGGGGCUGCAGACGGAACCCGCGCCACCUACGUCCCUCGCUCCAGAGUGAGUGGCAACGUCUGCGUCCGGCCCCGAAAGUCCGGGCUGGAAACCGUGGGGGUGCUGGGAGCCCAGGGCAAGGUGCUAGAAGCCGCGGAACGUAGAGGAGGAAAGGGGAGAGGGGCGGUGCGGAGAGGAAGACAGGAGGACGCUCCGUGAGAACGCCGCUCCACCCGGGAGCCCAGGGGCCCAGCGGCGGCUGCGACGCUGCGCGAGGGGCGCCCCGAACCCGCCGCCGCACCUCCCGGCUCGCCGCCGCGAGGGGCGGGGCCUGCCUGGGGGCUGCGCUCCCCACCCCCACCCUCCGUGCCCCCCGGCCCCUCCUGCUAACCCGGGGUGCUCAGAGAAGCUUCCGACCACCGACCGGCCCAGGACUCCCGUGAGCUCGCCAGGCGGGCCUGGCCGGGCCGGCGGCAGGACGGAGCCUGAUGCGUGCCCGGCGUCCCCAGGCCCAUGCCGCCCCCAGAGAAGAGCCGAGGCGCCCCGGCCCAGGCGCUCGCGGGCCGCGCUCGGGGUCGGCUGCCCGGGCUGCCGUCGCCGGCGCUGUUCUGCGCCUGCGGCCUGUGCGUGCUGCUGGCGGGCGUGAACGUGACGCUGGUGGGCGCCUUCGCCUCCUUCCCACCCCGGAGCAACGCGCCGCUCGUCGUGGGGCCGGCGUUGCUGGCGCUGGCGCUCGUCUGCUUCGCGGCCUGCUGCGCGUGUAGCCGCCGGGGCCCCGCGCCCCGCGCGCGCUCGGCGGCGGCCUCGGGCCCGGGCCGGGGCGGCGGCGGCGGGCCGGUGGCGCUGGAGAUGGAGAGCAGCGAGCGCACGGCGCAGGACACCACGGCCGUGCAGCUCAGCCCUGCCGCCUCGGCCGCGUCUUCGAGCCGCUCCAGCCCCGGCCCCUUCGCCCUGGACGCCUCCGCGCCCGCGGCGGCCUAUGCGCCGCGCACCGAAGGGGUCCAGCUCAACCUGCCCCGGGAGCGCGUCGCCCCCUAGCGGACCCGGUGCCGGGCCCUGACUCCCCGUCGGGCUCCCUUCGUUCGGUGCCACUUAAGAAAAAAGAGGAGUGGGAGAGAGGAAGGAGAAGAAGGAAAAGGAAAAAGAAAAAAAAAUCCAUAUGGGUCGGGUGCUGGGCACAGGUGGCCUCAUCUGUCCCAUCUCUGGAACGUCUGGAGGGGAGAAUGUGACGGUGAAGAGGCACACUCGCCAAAGGAGGGAGCUGUGCCUUGGCCCAUUAAGAGGGGUCUGCUGGGCCCUACUUUACCUCACCCCCUAGACUUGAAGCAACGGGGCCCCUGGACCUUCGAUCCCUACCACCCCCACCCAUGGCACGCGGGCACUGUGAACAGAGCUGCUCUGAGAGGGACUAACUACCAGCAAGGCCCCUGAGCCCAAGGGGUGGGAGGAAGCAGGGGCAGGGAGGAAUGCCCUGCGCACGUGUAAGGCCACCAGCUCCCACUUCUCCUUCUGCUCUCCUUGUCUCUACCCCAACAUGAUCUUUUGGGAUUAAGGGGGUGUGAGGAGGUCCUGAUUUGAGCCAGGAUAGUCUCCUAAGGUAGAGCUGGGCUGAGCACUCCACUGACUGGUAGAUCAGAUCCGGGGGAGUUGAGGCUGAAGCAGACAGGGAUGAAUGGUGAGGGGGCUCCUCCAACCAGGAAGGCCUCAGUGUGAUCCCCACUGCAUUCCCGAUGAGCCUCUCUCCUCAGUAAAGCACCUCUAGAGUCCAGUCCUCUGUGAUGGUGCAGCCUGGGGUGAGAGGCUGCCUGUGGACCUUCUGGCUGAGCACCCUUGAUUCUGGGGUCCUCCUAGCCAAGUGCCUCAUCUUCCUAGCACUGGCCCCUCUUGGAGACCUGGAAGGGGACCCCAGGGGAGAGGAGUGUGUGACCGAUCAUCGUGGGAACAAGUGUGUGAGACUGGGAGCGGGGUGAAUCUAUGUGUGCAUGGGGUUGCCUGGCUACGCGUAAGAGAUGGGGAGUGUGGGAGUAUUUGGGUGACAGUAUCUAACGUCAUACACGAAUGUGAGAGUGUGUGUGGGUGUGUGUGGUGGUGGUUAAGGAGUGAGUCACCCAGUGAGAAGGAUGAGAGAAGCACUCCCCGGGGCUGGUCAAAGCCUACACCUUUCCCCUGACAUGCCUGCGUUCUGCCCAGUGAGUGAGGGCAUCUGGUAGAGGGAUGGAGGCCACCUCACAAGAGAAGCAA